GCGCCUCCUGAUAUUCGUAUUCAGUCAAAGCAUUCGUAGAACUUCGCCAUGGUUGAUUCCGCUUCAUCGAAACCCGUCAAGACGACGAAGGCAGUAGCAAGUCAUCCUAAGACAAUGGAUAUGGUUGUAGAAGCACUCACGACGCUGAAAGACAGAAAGGGAAUUUCUAUACAAGCCAUCAAGGCGUAUAUUCUGACUCACUACACCACCGUUAGUCCUACUCAUCUCACUUCUAGUCUACGCCGUGCUCUCAAAACUGGUCUUGCAUCCGGUAUGUUGGUACGUCCAAAGGACUCGCAUGCCAAUGGUGUAAGUGGCCGUCUUCGUCUCGGUAAACUUCCACAGAAGCCUAGGAAAUCGGUUAACAAGACGACACCUAAGAAAAAGGCGGUCAAGAAGACCCCGAAGAAAGACAAGAAGCCGAAUGACAAGGUGAAGACAAAGAAACCCAAAUCUGCUACAUCCAAAAAGAUCAAGAAGGCUGAAAAGUCACCGAAACCAAAGGCUAAGAAAGCCAUCACGAAGAAAACUCCCAAAAAGACGGCGAAGCCAAAGAAGCCAGUCGCUAAGAAAGUGACUAAAAAGUAA